GCGACUACUCAGGAGGACCACCGAAUAUCAUAGAUUCGCGAUAACCGAAAGAAAGCGACGGACGUAAACUCGCCGUCGCAGAUAGAUUCGUUUGACCGGAGCUGUGAUUUCUCUCCUCUCUCGUUAAGAAACCAGCAUGAAGAGACGAAGAGCGGCGAGGAAAUCAUCGGCGACGGUGGCGGUUAGCGAUUCUAAAAGGUUGGACUCGGGAGAAGAGACGAGAAUGGUGAGGAGGUUGAUGAAGUUCGAGGAGUUGCCUGAGUAUUUGCAGGAUAACGAGUUUAUACACGAUCAUUACCGAUGCCAAUGGUCUCUCAAAGAUACCUUCCUCAGUGCCUUCUCUUGGCAUAACGAGACUCUCAACAUCUGGACGCACUUGAUCGGGUUUCUGGUGUUUAUGUGGAUGAUGGUGGUGAGUUCGUUAGAGACGACGGAGCUUAGCCUUGCUGGACUCUUCAACGGCAUGUCCGGAGCGUGGAUUCGCGCCUCCAGCAAUCAGACCCUGCUUCGUCAUGAAUCCAACGUGACAGAACACAUCUCAGUUCUGAACUCUCAAGGAGAAGUAAACCAUCAAGAAGCUGUUCCGAAAUGGCCAUGGCUCCUGUACUUAGCCGGAGCAAUGGGUUGUUUAAUCUGUAGCUCUGUUUCACACCUUUUCGCUUGUCACUCAAAACGAUUCAAUCUCUUCUUUUGGCGUUUAGACUACGCAGGAAUCUCACUCAUGAUCGUCUCCACUUUCUUCGCGCCUAUCUACUACGCAUUCUCUUGCCACCCUAACUUCCGUUUCCUCUACCUCUCCUCAAUCUCAAUCCUUGGUCUCCUCGCCAUCAUCACUCUGCUUGCUCCAGCUCUCUCAGCGCCGCGUUUCAGACCAUUCAGGGCAUAUCUUUUCCUUGCAAUGGGAUUCUGUAGCGUGGUACCAGCUUCACAUGUGCUUUGCCUUUACUGGGGUCACCCUAACGUGCUCUUCGCUCUCGCUUGCGAGCUUGCUACUGGUUUGUCUUAUUUCGUUGGAGCAUUGUUUUAUGUUAGCCGUGUGCCUGAGAGAUUGAAGCCUGGAGCGUUUGACAUUGCGGGACAUAGCCAUCAGAUAUUCCAUGUGUUUGUAGUCUUGGGAGCUCUUGUUCAUUGUGUUGCCACUCUUGUCAUUGUGGAUUUUAGACGAGCGUCUCCUUGUGGGUUUUAGUAUGAAAGUAAGCAUGUGUGAUCUUGCUAUUCGAUGUAUGGUCUAAAACUAGCUGAUUUUGAAUUCUGAUAUUAAAACUAGAAACAAUCGCAAUUGCGAUUGCAGAUCUAAAUGCUUCUCAUGCAUGAGCAGGGA